AUGUCUGCGCAAUCGAAUCCGUUUGACGACCCCAGUGUGCGGAAUGCAAUGCACGGCGGCAGCGGUGCGGAUGACCUCGAGACUGCGCCGUUCGACACGGACUCACUAAAGAUGGAUAUGCCGUACGAUGCGCCGCUCGAGGAGGACGAUGAGGAGGACGCCAUGUAUCCGACCAGUACGCACAGCACUGCCCCUGCGACGGCGAUACGUUUGGAAGAGCUGCAACGACGUGAGCAGGAGCUGGAGAACCGGGAGCGCGAGCUCGACUCGCGCUCGGAGCAUAUACGCAGAUACGGACGCAACAACUGGCCCCCGUUUUAUCCCAUCGUAUACCAUGACAUCUCUGCGGAAAUCCCGCCAGAUUCGCAGCCCGUCAUGAUCAACAUUUAUCGCCUCUGGCUUCUCUUUGCCGUGACGAUGGCGUGGAAUAUUCCUGCAAACGUGCUCAUCUGGCUUAAUUUUGGCUACCUGAGCAGCCUGAUCACGAGCAUUGUAUAUUUCUGCGUGAUUGUCCCGCUGAGCUUUUUUUUGUGGUACCGACCCGUGUACAACGGUCUGAUGAAGGAGCACUCGCUGUUCUACUACAUUUACUUUGUCUUUGGCGGCUUCCAUCUUUUGUUCUCUUUGUACGCAUGCAUCGGCGCCAAGUCCACCGGGUGUGCUGGCAUUCUCGCCAUGUCUGACGCCUUUUACAACCAUCAUUUCGUCACAGCCGCAUUGUCCUUGGUCGCCAGCAUUGGGUUUCUGAUACAGACCCUUGGAAAUGCGUGGUACUACCACGUCAUCUGGCAGCACAACCACGAACAGGGACACAACUUUGCGCAGGCCAAAGCCGAGCUGGCCUCACACGGCGCAAUGGCCUACUUUCUGCGCGGUGUUAUGUAG